AAUUGCUACCUAUCAUUUUUCUUCUUGGUAUAAUAUAAACACAAACACGCAUCCUUAAGAAAACUAUAACACACAGUUUCAAGGCAUUAAAAUGGGUUGUGCAUCGUCCAAGCAAGCCAAAGCUAACGUCGUCGCCGACGUUUACAAACCACCGCCUUCCAGUUUCGCGGUUUUUGAUAUCAACGCCAUCCAAGAGCCGUGGCUCAAAUUCGAACAAGAUGAUGAUGAGAAACCUCCACGCGCCACCACCGUGCCAGCCACUCUCAACGAUGAUGAUGAUGAUGAAAACGCUCCUAAAACUUGGGACGAGGUUAGCAAAUCUUUAGAAACCAAACUUAAACCCGCCGUUGAUAAACAACCGGAAGUGGUUUCCGUUAAACCUCCAGCUACUCCUCCACGGCGGCUUCCGCGUAAGAGCGCAUCAUUCCACACACUUGACGAGCUUGAAGCAAGGGCCAAAAGAAGCAUCGCCGCGCAGAUCCCGACGACGGUGGUGAAGCUUAAGAGAACGGAGUCGAUGUCCCAGCUAAGACCCGAUCAGUCAGAAGAUCGGACGGAGGAGUCGACUCAGCCGUCUUACUCGGGGCCUCGGUCAGUGAAGGAGAACAUAUUCGUCAAGAGAGACAGAGAACGGAGGGAGAGAGAAGGCAACAAGAAACCGGUGAUGAACUGGGACCCACUCAGGGAGUUCCCGGAGAAGUGUCCGCCGGGAGGAGGGGAAGGUUUGGUGGUCUACACGACGUCGUUACAAGGAGUGCGUCGCACGUAUGAAGAUUGCAUGCGUGUGAGGGCCAUCAUGGAGCAGCAAGGAGUGGUGGUGGACGAGAGGGACGUUGCUUUAGACGCCGGAGUCUUGAGCGAGCUUAAGGAGCUUCUUCAAGACGAAGCCACUGUGGCGCCACCGCGAGUGUUUGUGAAAGGGAGGUACUUGGGAGGAGCAGCGGAGGUGACGGCUAUGAAUGAGAAUGGGAAGUUAGGGAGGGUGUUGAGGUGGGCACGUGUGGAGAGAGUGGGGGAGGAAGGGAGGCACACGUGUGAAGGAUGCGGAGGAGCUAGGUGGUUGCCUUGCUUUGAGUGCGGUGGUAGCUGUAAGGUGGCUGCGGUUGCUGCCACGAAAGGUGAAGGUUGGGAGAGGUGUGUCAAGUGUAACGAGAAUGGACUAAUUCGUUGUCCCGUUUGUUUUGUUAAUUAAGGGAAUUGAGAUGAUGAUGAACACACAAGAAAAUAUAUAUAUGUUUGUUUGUGAUACGUUUGCUUAUUUCUUAGGAUGAUAUAGCUUCCUAGGUCUCUCUCACUUGUAUAUAUCUAUGGUUUUGAUCAUUACGUAAAAGAUAAAGUGUUCAACAA